AUGACGACCAGAACUGAAAGAUUCCAGCGGAAACCCGCUGAGAAGACUGAGGAACCUUUGAAGGAUGAGGAAGAGGAAGUGAUCAGGUUUUCGCCUGAAGAGGAGGCUGCCCUCCUGGAAAAGUCAAAUACACAAAAGACUGCAGCGAAUGACCUCUUCGCAAAGGCUUCCUUCCAAGAUGCUAUCGAGACUUACGAUAAAGCGUUGUCUACAUGUCCGAAUUAUCUAGAUUACGAAAUCGCUGUGUUGAAGAGUAAUAUCUCAGCAUGCCAUUUGAAGCUUGAGGAUUGGAAGAAAGCGAUGAAGGCUGCUACGGCUUCACUUGAUGGGCUUGACAAGCUGCAGAGUAAGGGAAAAGAUCUGCCAAAGAAAGUAGAGGGGAAAUCCGAGGAGGAAGAGGCAGAUGAGGAAAUCGUUAGUGAAGGUGCAUUGAAAGCAGAGGAUACCUCCGAUAAAGGCAAGCGGGAAGCCGACAUCGAAAGGAUCAGGGCGAAAGCUUUGAUGCGUAGAGCGAGGGCAAGAAGUGAGUUGGGUGGCUGGGCUAAUCUGUCUGGUGCCGAAGAAGAUUACAAGACCCUGGAGAAGAUGCAGAACCUAUCCAUGGCAGAUAGAAAGAUCGUCCAACGCCAGCUCGUCGUCCUACCCCCACGAACAAAAGCUGCGCAGGAGAAAGAAAUGGGCGAUAUGAUGGGAAAGUUGAAGGAGCUUGGAAAUGGCAUACUGAAACCAUUCGGUCUCUCUACAGACAAUUUUCAGAUGCAGAAAGACCCGAAUACGGGUGGAUAUAGUAUGAAUUUCAAUCAAGGUGGACCACCAAGCAAAUGA